AUGGGUGUUAUUGGUAUUCCGGAAGUUUAUUGGUACGGUAUCGAAUUUGAUUACCAGCUACUUGUUAUGCAAUUGCUAGGGCCAUCACUUGCGCAGCUGUACAAUUAUUGUGAUCGUUGGUUCACUGUCGAGACAAUAAAGAAGAUAGGAGAGCAGAUGCUACUGCGCCUGAGAAGCCUACAUUCUAGGGGUUAUGUGCACCGAGACUUGAAGCCAGAAAAUUUUUUGAUGGGUAUUGAUGAGGACGAAGAAACCUGCUAUCUGAUCGAUUUUGGGCUUGCUCGAUGUUACAGGUACACCACUGCUACUACCAUUCUCCGUACUUCAGUAGCUUCUAGCUGUUUUUUAAUUUUCCGCUGAAU